AUGAAAAUAAUAAUAACAUUUUUGUUGUCUCUUUGUGUUACAUCAAUAUAUUGUGAAAAUAAUACUGUGAUAAUAGUUGACAAUCAAUUAGUGUAUGCAAGUACGUCUGAAAUAUCAUUGUAUGUGCAGGAUAAAAAUGUAACAUCAGUUGCACCAGAUGCCUUUCAUGAUCUUGGUGAUUUAUUUGCACUUGUAUUAAAUGAUAAUCAAAUAAAAUCAUUCGCAAAUGGAACGUUUUCGUAUUUUUCAAAUAUGAUAUUGUUGAACGUUGUAAAUAACAAAUUGAAAGAAAUACAAGAUGGACUCUUUGAUGGCCUUGGUGACUUGAGUUAUCUCUACUUACAAAAAAAUGAAAUAACACAUAUUGGUAAACACGCAUUUGUAAAUUUAUACAGUUUACGUACUCUUAAUCUCAGCAAAAAUAAAUUAACAACAUUAACACAAGAUUUUAAUCACAUAUUAUCAUCAGUUAGAGAAUUCAAAUUUUCUUGGAACCAAAUAACACAUAUCGAUCCAUAUUUAUUUGCCAGUAAUAUUUCGUAUUAUAGAAUCGAUUUAAGUCAUAAUAAUUUGUCAAUUAUUCGCUCUAACAUGUUUUAUACACUUGGUGAAGGAUUAAUAGUUGAUUUAACUUAUAACGACAUUAAGUCUAUUGAACCAAGCGCAUUCACGUGUUUAACAUGGGAUAUAAGCUUUGAUCCAAGUGUUGAUGUUAGAAGAAACUCUCAACCUUGUUGGUAUGAGGUGAAAAAAUAUCCAUUCCAUAUGUUGAACUAA